CUCAGACGAGGAAGGGGACACCCACUCCCACUCAGGAUUCCCUUGAAGCUGCUCUCCAGGAAAAUACUCCUCGUCUUCUGGAUAAAAAUCAGCUCGUCUUGCGCUUGCUUUUUUUUCCAUUUAUUUUUUAUUUAUUUUAUUAUUUUUCUUUCGUUCGUGUGUUUAUUUUUCUAAGAACGGGGAAAAACACGGGGACAUAAGAAGAAGAAGAAGAAGAACACGCGUGAUCAUAGGAAACAGAAAAGAAACAUCGAUUUAUUGCACAUUUUCUCUUUGGGUUUUUAUAGACCUGUCUUCUCCACACAUGCUGAGAUGCAGGAGGAGGUGUGUGCGGGUAGAAUAAAGGAAGUGCGUCUGUUUGGAUCAAGGUUUUUUUUUAUUACUAUUAUUCUUGUUGUGAGCGGACAUUUGAGGGCUUUUACAUCUCGAGACUUCGCGUCAGGAUGCAAACUAUAAAAGUUUUGCAUGUCAUUUUUGGUGUCACGCUUGUUUGCUGCAUGCCUUGUCUCCAGUGAACAGCCACAGGUUUUCCCUCUGAGAUCAGACACGCAGCUUUUUUCCCUCGCAUUAUCCAGAGAAUAAUCCAAAACCCCAUCGAGCAGGGUUGAAGUUUACAGAGUGGCGGAUUUGCUUCUGUACAAAUCCACACACACAUAUAUAGAUAUAUAUACAUAUAAACAUAUCAAGGACAGUGAAAGGGUCUUUGUGUGAGAAACUCUGGAGAGCUGGACUAUAUGAAGAUCGCGACACAGCUGUUGGUUUCCCCUCGCAGAAAUGCCAGUGCGUGCUGUGACCACCAGGUUCAUGUACAAGGGACUUUGCACUAUUCCAGAUGUCCUCACCUACCGGACCCCUGUUCACCUGCCUGAAGACGAGGUGGAAGAGAUACGCGAGGCUUUCAAAGUAUUCGACCGAGAUGGGAACGGCUUUAUCUCAAAGCAGGAGCUGGGGACGGCCAUGCGUUCACUGGGCUACAUGCCCAACGAGGUGGAGCUGGAGGUUAUCAUCCAAAGACUUGACAUGGACGGCGACGGUCAGGUCGGCUUUGAAGAAUUUGUCACGUUGCUUGGUCCUAAACUCUCCUCUGCUGGGAUGCCUGAUAAGUUCCAUGGUGCAGACUUUGAUUCAGUGUUUUGGAAGUGUGACAUGCAGAAACUGACUGUGGACGAGCUGAAGAGGCUGCUGUACGACACUUUCCGAGACCACCUCACCAUGAAAGACAUCGAGAACAUCAUUAUAACCGAGGAGAGCCACCUGAACAGCCCAGAGUCCCACGUGGACAUUGACACAAGUCCAACACAGCAGGAAAAACACACAUGUGUGCGCAAAAGCCUGAUUUGUGCCUUCGCCAUCGCGUUCAUCAUCAGCGUCAUGCUCAUCGCAGCCAAUCAGAUGCUCCGCAGAGGGAUGAAGCAAGCUCGGGAAAAUUGGAGACAUGAAGUUUGAGGCCCUCAGCCGCGCGCUGUGUUUUACAGGAGACUGUUCCGCAGAAUCCGUGGUGUAUUCCCAAGGAUGUCACAGAUUUCUAAAUUAUUAAUUGGGUUGUGUGUUUUUUGUCUGAUGCUCAGAGUUAGCCCUGGGGUUUCUCUGUAAGUCAAUCUGUUUUCCCAGCUGAAAUGUGAACCGCCGUAAGCUUCAGAUUUAAAUUGAGGUGAACAAUUGACUCUAAAAUUAAACCCCUGACACUGAAGGAAAUGGUGCAAUCCCUCUGAGAAAUAUCAAGACAAGGAAGUGUGCAUGUUCACCUUAACUGGUGAAACGUGUUUCUGUCUGCCAGAUGUAUGAGGUUACGAAAAGGUACGACGCUAAGUCUUUGCAUUUUUACCAGACACCAAAGUGAGUCAUGGCGGUGAUUAGCGGAGUGACCCGACCAACCAGCUGUGAAUAAAUCCAAUCAUAACAUGCGUAGCGUUCCAAUAAAACUUGAUAUUCAAUGUCAUUUCUUUCGCAGAUUAGUAUGGAGGAUAGUCAGCUCACAUAACACACUUGCAUGUAUAUUAAAAACACAAAAUAAACGUGCGUUCUAUGUGUGCAAGAUCAAGUUUGGAAUUCUUCGGUAUUUAUUCAAAGGAUUAUGCAAUUUGUAUAAGUGUUCAUUGCAAAAAUAAUCUCAGUAUUUGGCAUUCUCCUAUAAAUGUCAAAUUUUGUGGACGUGUGCAAAAUAUGAAAUACUCUGCUGUGAACAAGUAAUUUAACAUAUCAUGAGAAUGUUGUUUUCUGGCUUUACAUGGACCACCAAAACAACAUAUUGUUUAAAGUACAACAUUGUUAUAUUUUCUUACUUGGGAAAGUGGCACAUUAAAUCUGUGUGGUUUUAUUAUAAAUGUACACAUAAUGUUUUGUAAAAAACAAAGAAAAUAUACUAUAAAAAAUCAGGUUUCUGAUUUAUAAUUUCCAGGAUGCCUGGACACUGCAAGUUUUUGUGUGCACAUAUAUUACUUUGUCUAAUUUAUAAAGAUUUCUUUCCCGCGGACUGUUUACUUUCACAAAUAUUUGUCAAAUUUGACAAGUUUUGACCAAAUGCUGUAUAUUUUUUGUCCGUCUUUUCAUCCUCACGUUCAUAAAAAAAGCUGGACCUCAAGAGGAAAAGUUUGAGAAAGUGGCAAUAAACUCUCACUCGCUGUGUUGUGUAUGAACUACAUAUGAAAUCACAUUCCCACGCCAUGUGAACAUAUCCCAUAAUAAGGUAUGGGUUUUGUGUUAUGAAACUAUAAAGUAUAAUAUUAAUUGUGUGAAAACUUGUCUUAUGAUGACCUGUUGGAAAAAUAUUGUCCUUUUCUGCGUUACAAUGUUUUUAAUGAGUGGACUGAUGUAAACUUUGUUGCUGUUGUCUUAAUUGUUGCUAUAAUUUGAUUCAAAUUAUGAUUUUUUUUCAGUUUUGUGCCUUUAUUAUUUGAGGCGUAGAGAGAGGGGUGCAAAAUCUGUCGAAUAAAACUCAAUUAUGACAAAUAUUAAUGUGUUUUGGAGCAGAAAUCGCGGCUCCUGCAGAAAAUGAUUGUCGUCUUCCACACAAGCUAAAGCUGCUGGCUUUAAUUUGAAUGAUGAAACAGGUGAACUAGUGUAGCACUGGAAAUGUUUUAAGCUUUUGAAAAGACGUGCAGAAGUAAUUUCACAGCAUAUUUUGUGUGCAUGUAAAAGAGGAAGAAUUUGUUCAUGAAUAAUGUGUCAUGCAGCUGUAGAUACAGUACUUUCUGUGUGUAACUGUGAAAUAAACAUUAUGUAGCAAUA